AUGACUUCAACAUUUCAAAUGCAACAACCCUUUUAUCGUCCAGCCUCUCUAACCGUGGAUACACAACACGCACAGAAGUACUUCGAAGACGAAGACAACAGUGUAUUAGACGACAACAUUCUUGAACACAACACAAUCGAUUCGGGCUUAGAACUAUCGCCCCCCAUGGCUGACAGUCGUCGAGAAUCCUUUGCUGUCGGCCCUCCUCUCUUCUCACCAAAACAGGAGGACUGGCAAUCCGUCGAAAUGCAGUCGGUUUCUUCCAACAACCCUUUCUUUGAUCAGCAUAGCAACAACCCUUUUAUGCGCCCUGAUCACACUCAGAACAAUGGCUUCGCUGCCACUGCCAACUGGUUCGGAAACACCUCCGGCACUUGCACUCCUCUGAAUCCCUUCGAUGGUGUUCCUGCUGAAUAUGACGCCAACGCCUCUCUCUUCCACCGACCCAUGGCCGGCCCAACACCCUUCACAAACCCUGGGAACAUAUUCCCGUCACUUCCCGUCGGCUCCCAGUCUAUCCCCACAUCUCCCCAGAAAGAGUGGAUGACCCCUCAGCAGCCCAUUAACAAGAACAAAAUGCGCCCUAGCAGCCCCGGUCUCCGCUCUCACAACGAGAUGCGCCGUGGCGACGGUAUCCGGAAGAAGAAUGCUCGCUUUGAUAUUCCAGCAGAGCGGAACCUCAGCAACAUCGACCAUCUUAUUUCUCAGUCCACUGAUGAACAAGAGAUUAAGGAGCUCAAGCAGCAGAAGCGACUGCUCCGUAACCGACAAGCAGCUCUUGACUCGAGACAACGCAAGAAGCAGCAUACUGAACGUCUAGAGGAUGAGAAGAAGCAAUAUACCGCUCUCAUGACUGACAUGGAGGAAGAGCUGAAGAUGCUUCAUGCUCGGGUUGAACAACUGUCCCUCGAAAAGCAGGAAUGCAUCAAGUUCAUCGAGACCCAGAGGCUGGACAAAGAAGAGAUGAUCCGUGUUCACACCAAUGAGACUGGCGAACUGAGGAAGAAGAUCAGCGUUCUCACGGACCAUGUUCAGCGACUCGAUAGCGCCGUUCCCGCCACCGGAGACAAUGGCUUCUCAAACGGCUUCGAUGCCAUGGACGCUAUGGACGGCUUGGGCAUGCCUGGUGCAUGGGAUGCUUCGAACUUCCUUCACGAUUAUCCGGAGCCUGAAGUCAAGCAGGAGAUGGCUAUUGUUCCCACCAAGAAGAACGACAACCCUUUCGUCGAGAGCGAGAAGCCUGCCGCCCAGGGUGGCCUCCUCUUCAUGCUCUUCCUCGUUGGUGCCUUCGUCCUCUCGAGCCGCUCGACCCCUGCUAUUCCUCGCGUUUCUGAGGAUGUCAGGGCCGCCUCUGCUACCAUUCUCGACAACGUUCUCAAGGACGCUGGUGUCAACUCUCAAUCGGCCAGCCUGCAAGCUGCCCCCCAACCAUCCGGCGCUGCUAAUUGGGGUAAUACCAUCUCCAUGAAUGAUAUGGCGAUGGAUGGUGUUGCACCUUCAAUGCUUGGUGAGCUUGGUGACCAGCUGACUCAGCCGACUCAGGAGCAGACCAACGAGCAAAUCUUCUCUCUGUCAGCUGCUCAGUAUAAUGGCGUCAACUCCCAAGACUUCCUCCAGAACGCUCCUGAGAGAUCAUCACCCAGUCAAGGUCGCCGAAAUCUAGCCGAAGCACUUGCGACGAUGCGAAUUCCAAACAAACAAAACGAUGCAGCCGAAGUAUACACGCGCUCCCUUCUGUGGGACCAGAUUCCCAACGACGUUGUGCGAAACUUCGCGAAAAUGGUGUCAGAAUGUAACAGCGCGCAAAAUGAGCAGCAAUGCAACGAAUUAAGGACAUGA